GGCUGUAUUCAUAGAGCAGCUGGUCCCUGUUUGUUAGCUGAAUGUCGGAACCUGAAUGGCUGUGAGACUGGACAUGCAAAAAUCACGUGCGGCUAUGACCUCCCUGCAAAGUAUGUCAUCCAUACCGUAGGGCCAAUAGCCAGAGGCCACAUUAAUGGUUCUCACAAGGAAGACCUUGCAAAUUGCUAUCAAUCAUCCUUGAAGCUGGUGAAAGAAAAUAACCUCCGAUCAGUUGCAUUUCCCUGCAUUUCAACAGGCAUUUAUGGUUUUCCAAAUGAACCUGCUGCAGUCAUUGCCCUAGAUACGAUUAAGGAAUGGCUGGCCAAGAAUCACCAGGAGGUAGACCGGAUCAUCUUCUGUGUCUUCCUAGAAGUUGACUUCAAAAUCUACAAAAAGAAAAUGAGUGAAUUCUUUCCUGUUGAUGAUAACAAUGAAGGAGCAGCUGAUGCUGACAUGAAAGAAGAUGCAGAAGGGCUAGAGCCUAAAGGUCUUUCUCCACCUCACAAGAAGAGCAAAGCGAAGAAACCAGAAAGUUCAAAAGACUCCAGUGAAGAUGAGAGUGGUCCAGAGGAAAAGCAAAGCGUGGAAGAAAUGGAAGGGCAGAGCCAAGAAGCAGAUGGUGUCAGCACCGCCCCUGUGCCCAGCCCUGCUUCAGAAGAUACAGUGGAAGUCCGUAAAGAUGAAGAUUCUGCAAAGGAUGACAAUACUGUGAAAGACAGUGAUGUGACCAAUCAUUCUGUGUGUGACCAAGAGCUUCCCAAUGGACAAGAGAAUGACUCAGCAAAGAGUGAAGUAAAGAUUGAGUCAGAGUCCCCAAGCUCAUCUAUGGAGACAGAAGAGAUUUCAUCAAACCAAGAAGAUGCCACAAUUGUGGAGCAACCAGAGGUGAUUCCUCUGACAGAUGACCGAGAGGAGCAGGAAGGUGGAGAAGCUCAAAGCGAGGAUGCGAAAAGCCAAGGUUCCAGUGACACAGAAAACACUACAGGUCCUGAUGUUGAAAUGAACAGUCAGGUUGACAGCGUAAAUGAGCCGACAGAGUUUCAGCAAGAAGAUUUCCAAUAGGGCCACAAGAUGAAGCAAAGGAACAAAGAACUAAAACUAAAUGACAACCCUCAGCAUUGCAAGAUAUGGCCCUGGGGGACUUGGGAAGAUGAUAGUGUGUGCUGUGGAAGAGGGGGGGAGGGGGGAAGGCAAGUCCACGGAAGGAAGGGGGUCCUUUGCUCUAAUUCUCCAGCUGCAUUUUGUUCCAUUUACCUACAGAAAAAGAAAAAAAUUUUAAAAGGAAAAAAGAAUAAGAAAGCAAGCUCCCUCCACUUGUGAGACUGGGAGAGGACCCAUGCUAAGGCACUCAGUCCCCAUCAUUUCUGUCUUUUCUUCAUGCCUCACCCUAGGGUUGGUGAUAGAGUUAAUACUCACCUGAGUCUCCUGGGCCUUGUCUUUCUUCCUUGGUUAUCUCACAAAGCUGAUCAUAGAGUGAUUUCUUCCAAGAAAAAGAAAGGUGAUUGACAAGCUGCAGGCUAAAUUUCAAGAAUCCCCAUGCUUAACAUUGGUUAUGAUCCACAGACAGAGGAGAAAGGACAGAAAAUGGCACAAGCCUCAGAGAACACUUUGAAAAGGUCUGAAUAAACAUUUCAAAAUAUUUUAAUUGGGGGGUUAAUGAAAAAGGUGAGACCUGGCAGCCACUGCUGUCUCCACCUCCAUACCCAGGAUGUCAUGUGCAUUCACUUUUGAGGCUGAUUUUGAGCACGGCUUCUUUGGCUUCUGAGGUCUUCACUGUGUGCUUCCAUAUGGAGCCCAUCACUGAGAUGUGGAUCUUUGUACACAGUGGGAAAGAGUGUUACUUUCAUUAAGACCUAAGAGAUGCGCUUGCUUCCUUUAGGACCCAAACAAACCUAUUAAAUAAUAAUUUUAGUUUUCAGAGUUCCACUUGAAAUCUCUACUUUUCAUAAAAGAAUAUCCAUGUUGAGCCAAGGUGUGACAGCCCACAGAGGUUCACAAUUGAAGUUGGGAGCAGUAAGAGUCAUGGCUCCCAGUCCUGGCUUCCUAGUUUGCUCAUGCCAAGUCCAAGGAUGAUUUGAUGGAUCAUCCACUCAUCCAAAAGGGAGUCAGAACUAUGAAGAAGCCGGUGGAAUAGUGUUAGCUCAAGCAAGGAAGACCAGAGGAGGCUGGGCAUUAUCCUGACCAUCUGUCCCAGAACAAACCGCAGUUCUCACACUGCCUCUCUGGGUUCCAAAGGCAUGGAAGUAUCUUUUGCAUAUCACCUUAACUCUACAAUGUAUGUUUUAGAAUUGGGAUGUUUAUGUUGCUACUCCUAACAGAAGUGGGAAAAGUGGAACUGAUAAUAUCUAAAGUCAAUAGUGAGGCAAUACCACUUUAUAAAUAUCUCAUCUAAUUCUCUAGUUUUGCCCUUUCCUGUGGAAAAUUCAUCUUAUCUUCUUAUGACUAGCUUUGGCUGUUCUGAAUUAAUUGCCUCUUCCAGAUUACAUAUUUUGUAUAACAGAAUAAGUAGCAAAUCAUACAUCUGCAUAUGUUACCUUUUAACAUCUCUAAAUUUCAUUAAAGUGAUUCAUCAUAGCAACAAGGAUAUUUCAGCAAUUUCAUGAUGUUUCCCCAUGGCCUUUUCUCUUUCUACAGUUCAACACAAAAGCAUAUACCUCUCCAUUAUACACUCUUUUCUAGAACAAUGCUUUCUCUAAAUAAUCAAAGAAAGGAUGCCAUUCAGAUAUUGAUAGCUUCAAUGUUUUUGGCCAUCUCCAUACCUAUUUUACAAGCACCCAUCAUUUUUAUGAAGUGCCUGACAAGAGGCCCAUGCUAGGAAGGUGUUUCCUCAUAACUCCCAGGGGAAGUACUGCUGGGACUCCUAAUGGGGUGAUAGUGGACAGCAGGCUUCUAAAUGGACAAAAAUGAAAGAGGGACAGCCAGGACUGAAGUGAUCCAGCCCACCUUUCUCCUUAUCACCAAUGGCAGCCAUUUGGUUCACUCAUCUUGCAUGGGUUAAAAAAAUAGGAAGAGAGAAUUCUAUGAAAGCUGUAGGAAAAGGAAAGCACUCUUUGUAUCUAGGAAACAGAGAAGGAGGAGUCCCCAUUCCUGAAUUUGCUUAAUCUUCUUUUUAUGAAUUAGACAUUUUCAUUUUUGCUUUGCAGUAGAUUUUUGGUUGCUAUGUGGCUGAAUGAUUGUAUGCUUUAGAAUAAAUAAUACAGUUAAUUUACACUUCAAUAAUGAAAUAUUAAAAUUUUAGCUCUGGGCCAGACUGAAGGCAUUACAAACAAGGAGAGCCUGUUUGCUGGCCCUGGCCCUGCACAGGCUGUACAAUGCAGUCCGUGUGGGAAGUGAACCAAUUCUUCCACACAUGAAUUCUGGAUGGCAGUUUCCAAUCACACUUCAGCCAGGCCACAUGCCAUGAAGGGAACAGGAACGUGGAGGAAAGUAGCCCUGUUAUUAGUCAUGUUUGCAUACAGAGGAUUGAAGUAGGCCUUCAACAUGAUAGUCCUAAUUAAAAAGGUACUCACUGCAGGCUAGACAAAGGGGCUUUUCCUCUUGCUGGUAACUAUUCAGAUGAUGGACAAGUCUUCUUUGAUAAAAGCUUACAAAGAAGACAUCUGAAGUACUGUCUAUGAUACUGGGUCACAUAUUAAUCACUGCAGCUAAUCCAUCUUUCUAUGGAACACUGAAAAGCCUCUUUGUGAAUUAAUACAGUUCUGCUUGACACACUUGGUUUGCAAGGACAUUUCUCUGUAUGUGGUGCAUGUCAGCUGUGCUUUGAACAACAACAAAGUUAGCAGAAUAUGUUCAAUAUAUUUUCUCGGGAAAUAGGGUUUUUAUCAUGUUACUCAUUAAGGAUUUGCCUUACCCUGACAUUUGUGAUAUAAAGGAAAAUCAGGAAAAAAGUAAUUUUCUUGAACAAGAUACGUUUUUACUUAAUGCGAAUAAAUGUAGUCUGUUGCUUGCAAGGAAAAAAAAAACUGUCUUCUGGUAUUAAUAGGGUAACACGUGCCUCUUCUGUUGAACCAGUCUGGAAAUACUGGCCAGCUUCUGAGUCUGUCUCUUUUCAUCUGUGCCACACACUAUGACACUUCAAUGACUGUUGCCUUCAAACUAUAUUUGUUAGAGCAGAGUGCAAAUAAACUUCUUUGAGAGGAUAAU